AUGUCGUCUAUCUCUAUUGCAACCCUACCGCGCAUGAGCCGCGACGCUCUAUCUACAAUCCUGCUCUCCGGCGCUCCGUCCAACAAGCUAGCCAUCAUCGAUGUCCGGGACUCAGACCAUAUCGGUGGACACAUCAAGUCCUCAACUUGGGUCCCCACCUCCAGCCUAGACGUUCGCCUCCCAGAGCUUCUCCGCACCCUCAAGGACGUGGAGAAGGUAGUCUUCCACUGCGCCCUCAGCCAGCAGCGCGGUCCAUCCGCGGCUUUACGCUAUGCUCGUGAGCGUGAGCGUACUCUUGGCGAAGAGGAAAGUAAGAAGCAAGAGGUUUAUGUUUUGGAGGGUGGUUUCGUGCAGUGGCAGGAGAAGUACGGCAAUGAUGAGCGGUUGACUGAGGCCUAUGUUGCGGAUAUUUGGCGCGAAUAUUGA